AUGCCUAGGAAUCUUAGGCAGAUGAUGCGCUGGCGACCAGCAGAUAUGUACGAACACGCUUGUUUCCCGGCCCGGCUCAAUAUACGAUCGACAUCAUUGGAGGUCAACUGUCCUUCGAAUACGUCCUGCUUCUCUGUAGUCCGGUUCUCAACAUCGCGUGCUCGCACUAUCUUAAGGGCGACGGCAUUGUUCAAAUGA